AGGGGCUUUGCUUUCCUUUCCUUUCCCUUCCUUUGCUUCCCUGCCGCGGUGUUGAGCGCCGGCCGCGCUGCGGCGGGAGCUGCCACAGGGUAGCCGGUUCCGAGUGAGGGGAUCGCGGGAUCACCCAGAGGAGCGUCACUGAGGACUGGCGUGCGUCUGUUUGUUUCCCUCGCUCGUUCUGUGGUGAAACAAUGGAGCGUGCCCAGAACAGAGGCGUGUGUAGAAAUACGGCAGAAAUUUUGCUGAUCCUCGCUUAUUUUACCUAAGUUAAGUGAUGGAACCACACACUAAGGAACAAAAAUCAUCCUUGGCUCUUUGGUGUUCAUGUUUGUGUGAAAGAAUAUAGGAUGUCCCAAGAAAAUGCGUCAGCCAAUUGCUUAAAUAUAGUAACAUCUACUGAAGAUGGUGCUUUCCCAAAAAAAGGCCAUAGUGCUCGAGUCCUUAGCCCAGAAGAAGCAGAAAAACUGGCUAAAGAUCAGGUUUUGGUGUCUGAAUUCAAACAACUAAAACUGGAGAAAGAGGCACAGAAGAACUGGGAUCUAUUUUACAAAAGAAACAGCACCAACUUCUUCAAAGACAGGCAUUGGACAACCAGAGAGUUUCAAGAGUUAAAGGCAUGUCGUGAGUUUGCAGAUCAAAAACUGACCGUUCUGGAAGCAGGCUGUGGGGUUGGGAACUGCUUGUUUCCACUCUUAGAAGAAGAUCUGAAUAUUUUUGCAUAUGCCUGUGAUUUCUCUCCUAGAGCUGUUGAUUAUGUGAAGAAAAAUGCCUUAUAUAGUACUGAAAGAUGUAAAGUGUUCCAGUGUGAUCUUACCAAAGACGAUCUUCUAGACAAUAUACCAGCAGAUUCCGUGGAUGUUGUCACACUUAUAUUUGUGCUUUCUGCCGUUCAUCCUGACAAAAUGCAUCUGGUCCUGAGGAACAUUUACAAGGUAUUAAAACCAGGCAAGUGUGUCCUGUUCCGAGACUAUGGCCUGUAUGAUCAUGCAAUGCUCAGGUUUAAAUCUGGCAGCAAACUUGGGGAAAACUUUUAUGUCAGACAAGAUGGGACAAGAUCGUAUUUUUUUACUGAAGAGUUCUUAUCUCAGCUUUUCAAGGCUGAGGGAUAUGAGCAAGUGGUCAGUGAAUAUGUGCAGCGAGAAACUGUGAAUAGGAAAGAAGACCUGCGUGUUCCAAGAGUUUUUCUUCAAAGCAAAUUUCAAAAGCCUUUCAGUGAGACAUAAGUUCUUGCUGAUUAGCAACAGCAUUGCUUGUUUGAAAUGGAAGCUAGCACAUGAGCUGUGUGCUUCUCUUUCUGGUGAGCCAAAAAUGAUGGUAUCCAAUACUUCGUGUUGGUUUCCAUCCUAGGAUGCAAAAUAUGAAUGUUAUUUCUAACUGAAUUUUAAGAUGGUUUAGUGAUGCAGGCAACCUGUUGAGCAUCUGUAUUCCUGCUUCUAAAAUAAAACCUGUGCAACAUUGUUGGAGGAUCAGGUAAAGCAUAUAAAUAAACUUCCAUUUUUAUUAAAAACUAUUUUAAAAUAAAUA